CAUCUUUCAAGCUUGUUGGCUCCUCUACAGCUGAGGCUGUUGAUAUCUAGUCAGCCUGUUUCUCUUCUGGUAUUUCGACCUCUCGUGUCUGUCUAAACACCUUCCCCCAAUCCGCAGCCAUGGGAAGGAUGGGAAGGUAUCGAAAAUACCAAAAGUACCGAUAUCAGCCACGCCAUCAUGGCAACAUGCCAAACGGAGAUAACGACAGCAUCAGCAGCAACAGCAACAAUUUCCGGGGUGAACAGCGUUCUGUAAACUUUCCUUUCGCUGCUCCAGAAAUAAACACUCCUGCUCCUGUACUUGCCACUGGAACAAGCUACUAUAGGAGUAGCAGCAGCAAUAGCAACCAUCCGUCUGUGCUUUUACCUUUCCACAACCAAAACUACCAUCCCCCUCAGUUCUCCUACACUAAUACCACCACUUUAUUCCCAUUCUCUGCAUCUGACUAUACGGAACACUACUAUGUUCCCAGUGUCAAUGGUAAUGAGAGACUAGCGUUUGCGCGGUGUCCGGCCCAGCUGGUCGGUCCUAGUGAAAGGGUGGAAAACCACAAUUAUCUCUUUUUGGAGCAAUUUCGCUAUGCGGGAGUGCAACAGCCUCCUUAUUGCAACAUCGAUAACGUAUCGCGCGAGAAUCUGCUUGGUACAGGCCACAUCGAUGUUGGUACUGGUCUAGUAGAGGAAGAAGGGCAAAAAGACCAGAAAGAGCAAGAGGGAAAGGAGGAGAAAACGGAACAGAAGCACGAAUGCUUCGCUGGGCCUUUGAUCAUAACUACACCGACAUUCUCCAAAACUGCGCCCGCUAUUCUCCGAGCGGACGCACCUGAAUUUGUUCCGCAGAGCGUUAUUGCUCUGUCCAUGUCUGGUAGUAAUAACGGCUAG